AUGGCUCAAAGCAGGCAGAAGAGUUAUGUGGAUAAACGUAGAAGGCUAUUAGAGUUUCUGGUAGGAAACCAUGUGUUUUUAAGGGUUACACCAAUAACGAGAAUUGGGAGGUCGAUUAGAGCUAAAAAGUUGACUCCUCAGUUCGUUGGUCCUUUCGAGAUUCUGGAGAGAAUUGGACCAGUUGCCUACAGAAUUGCCUUGCCACUGCAAUUAUCAACGGACGAACUCCAAACAUAUAUAGACCUCUCAGGACAUUGUGAUUGGUCCACGGGUGUCCCUGAUUGCACCAAAUAUGCCUCCCAAAUAGCCUACUGCCAAAGCAAGAGUGUCAAAAUCUUCCUCUCUCUUGGAGGAGCUUCUGGGCAAUAUGGCUUUUCUUCAGCUGAAGACGCCAAGGAGUUUGCAUACCACCUCUGGACCUAUUACCUCAGUGGCCAAAGUUCAGGUCUACUGGGUCUCAUCGCCUUAGAUGGCAUCGAUUUUGACAUCGAAGGCGGUACAAACUUGUACUGGGAUGUGCUUCUGCAAGAUCUUUACACAUACAGCCAACAAAAGAAGAUUUACUUAUCAGCAGCGCCACAAUGCCCAAUCCCAGACUACUAUUUAAACACUUCCAUCAGCACAGGGCUGUUCGACUACAUUUGGGUCCAGUUCUACAACAACCCUCCCUGCGAAUACACCGACGAUGGAGAUACUCAGAAACUUAUAAAUUCAUGGAACCAAUGGACCGCCGACUUCACCGCCACCAAGUUCUAUGUCGGCCUCCCCGCUUCUCCUGCUGCAAAUGGUAGUGCUGGUGGUUAUGUCCCAAUUAAUGUGCUCAACAAUGAGAUUCUUCCGGUAGUAGAAACAUCUCCCAAGUUUGGUGGGGUGAUGUUAUGGAGCAGGUACUAUGAUUAUAUAUCUGGGUACAGCGAUCAGAUCGUGUGUACUACCUCUGGAGCUUUUAAUGUCGUACGGUCGCCGUUGGUUGCCAUGGUGAAGUCUGCCUCGGAGGUUCUAGAUCGCCUUUUAUCGCACUUGUAGUGUGACUGCAACUUCUCUAGUACGGAAUAAGUUGUAGGAGGCUAGUGCCUUCCAUCCUUCUGUGUUGACAGCCUGAUUCUAGUCAGGUUAUCAUGGAUCAUUAAUGAAUAAAAACUUUCAUUGAC